UUGUCACAGACUCCCAUGUAGAUUAACCUUUCAAUUAGUUGUUAUCAGGUUCGCUCUGCCUCCGCAAGAGUUACCGCAUGCGUUUAUUCGCUGGAUCAGACAGGACCCGCUGGAUUUUAAUUGACCUCGUUAGGCGUCGUCGGCGUUUCAAAUAAAUGCAUAACUGCGUACAGUAGGAGCGGAGACCGCGCAAGGAACUUAAGGAAUCGGUAUUUGCCCUUUCUACCCAAUAUUAAAGUUUCUUGGGAGGAACCAUCGUUGUGAAGGUUUCACCCACGUGUGAAAUUUGCAAGGAUUUUUAAGGAGGUUUGUCUGGAUUAAUUAAGGGAUUUCUUUUGACUGUCUACUGAGGAAACUUUGAGGAAAUGAAAAGACUGUCUGGUAUUUAAGGAGUUCCAUCAGUAACAAGUUUUGUAUAACAUGGUGUGCUGAUGGCUGACUUUUGUUCGUGGAUGCAUACUGUUUGUUCAUAAGAGGGAAUGUAUUCAUGGAUUAUGCCUUAAUGAAACAAAUUAUUUCACCAUGGUGAAACUGGCCAAUCCCCUGUACACAGAGUGGAUUCUUGAGGCUAUUCAGAAGAUCAAAAGGCAGAAGCAGAGGCCUUCAGAGGAGCGAAUUUGUCAUGCUGUAUCAACAUCGCAUGGACUAGACAAGGGCAUUGUGCUCCAGCAACUGGAGCUGGCUGUGAAGGAUGGAUCCAUCCUUAAGGUUACCAGCAAAGGUUGUGCUUCAUACAAAGACCCGGAUAACCCAGGGAGGAUUGCAGCAAUCAAGUCUGGAGGCUCGACUUCCUCUGUGGUUGGAUCAGUGCUACCUGCAGGAGAUCUGCGACAUGUGGAUUGGAAUAAGGUCCUCAGGAGGGCUAUUGAGGGGCUGGGCGUGCCUGCUGGCUCUUCUCUUAGGAACAUAGAGCGAUUCCUAAGGAGCCAGGAUGACCUGGUGAAUGUUGUGGCCAACCCCAGGUUCCAGCAGAGGCUCAGGCUGGCUGCUAAGCGGGCGGUCAAUAAUGGGAGACUGCUGAAGGAUGGGCCACUCUACCGGAUGAAAAAUGGUGGGACGGGAGGAAAGGUGGGUUUUAGGAGCAGCGUUGCCUCAUCACUGGACCUACCACCCGUAACACUUCUCCCACAUGAGAAAGAUCAGCCUCGUGCUGAUCCAAUACCUAUAUGCAGCUUCUGUUUGGGUACAAAGGAGUCCAAUCGAGACAAGAAACCUGAAGAGCUUCUCUCAUGUGCAGACUGUGGGAGCAGUGGCCAUCCUUCUUGUCUGAAGUUCUCGGCUGAUUUGACAACAAAUGUGAAGGCGCUGCGAUGGCAAUGCAUUGAAUGCAAAACGUGCAGUUCCUGUCAAAUUCAGGGGAAAAAUGCUGACGAGAUGCUGUUCUGUGACUCCUGUGAUAGGGGGUUCCAUAUGGAGUGUUGUGACCCACCACUCUCACGAAUGCCAAAAGGAAUGUGGAUCUGCCAAGUAUGCAGGCCAAAGGAGCAAGAGGAGAAACGACUGCUGCACAAAACAGCAGCCCAGAUCAAAAGGCGAUAUACAAGGCCAGGAAGGCCCAGGAAACAUUUCACACAUCCAGCAAUGCCUGUCAGUGGUGAUGCAAGAUCCCUUGAGCUGUCAGAGAGAGAGGAACAUGGUAGGGGUCUUAAGAGCACUCUCUGCACCCCACCCUCAUCCAGCAUCAUUGCACCCACCACAGAUGCCCGGAGCCGCUUGAGCCUCACCGAUCCCCUUACAUCUACCCCAGCCUCUCUCACUGCCCUCACCAUGCUGCCCCCCUACAACAAGAAAACCAAAAGCCUCAUUGACGGCCUCUCCAAAUUUUUUACACCAUCCCCCUUGGGCCGACGCGUGCGUGGUGAGGCGUCAGACUCUUCUGAGCAUCAUAGGCCUAAGAAACGGGGCUAUGGGAAGCGGCUGCGCGAUCCUCAUUCCAGCUCGACGGCACCAGGUACCAGCCAAAGGUUAACUGCCCAAUCUAGCAUGCUGGCUACACCCAGCCCUUUACCGGGACCCAGCCCCAGCUCUCUGAACCCCGGUCAGUCCCCCUCUCCUCCCUCUGCCCACUCCCCGCAGAGCUCCUCAUCCCAGUCUAGCGGCCCCUCCCUCAGCAGCCUCCCCGGCAGCAGCCAGCUAAAGGGACUCUUUGAUGGACUGUCUCACAUCUAUGCCACUCAGGGACAGUCCCGGCAGAAGGGACUCCCCAGCUAUGCACCGCCAAAGCGAGGGCGAUGCACCCAGGACGCUUCCUCCUCACCCAAAACGCCUUUGCAGCACCACGGAAACAAGCCCAUCAAAGGGUUCAGUAGCAAGCUAGCAUCCGUGUCCUGCUCAGCCUCGGGCUGGGCACCCAAGAGAGGCCGGCCCUUUAAGACAGCGCACCAUUUCAAACGAGCUCCCUUCUUGAAAAAGCACAGACUGCUAGGCAGGUUUAGGUUUAAGGCCUCCCCUCAGAGAGGGAACCCCACGCCAGGGAGGGGCAGCUUGGCAGACGGAAGAAUUAAGCCUGACCAAAACCAUGUGUUAAAUGCCUUGAGAUGCCUAAAACGUGAGACUCAAGAUGGAAGGAUGCCUUCACCCAGUGAUCAAGUAACUGAAGAAGACAUUAAGAUAUUCAGGCAAGCCCAAGAGCUCACUGCAAAGAGGACUGAACUACGUAGCAGCGAUCAAGUCCAGUAUCCCUCGUUGAUAGAGUUCGGGAAAUAUGAAAUACAGACAUGGUACUCGUCGCCUUAUCCUCCAGAAUAUUCAAGAUUACCGAAACUUUAUCUUUGCGAGUUCUGUUUGAAGUACAUGAAAAGUCGGAACAUUCUGCAGAGGCAUUUACAGAAGUGUGGCUGGUUUCAUCCACCAGCUAAUGAGAUCUACAGAAAAGAUAACCUUUCUGUGUUUGAGGUUGAUGGAAAUGUUAGCAAAAUUUUCUGUCAAAAUCUUUGCUUGCUUGCAAAGCUUUUUCUUGACCACAAGACGCUGUACUAUGAUGUGGAGCCUUUCCUUUUCUACAUUCUAACUCAAAAUGAUGAGAAAGGCUGCCAUCUUGUAGGAUACUUCUCAAAGGAAAAGCUUUGCCAGCAGAAGUACAAUGUCUCCUGCAUAAUGAUUAUGCCCCACUACCAAAGGCAAGGAUUUGGGAGGUUCCUUAUUGAUUUCAGUUACUUACUCAGUAGGCAGGAGGGCCAGGCCGGCUCCCCGGAGAAGCCUCUAUCAGAUCUGGGUCGUCUAUCCUACUUGGCGUAUUGGAAAAGUGUCAUCCUGGAGUACCUGCACAACCACCCAGAUAAAAGUGUCAGCAUCAAGGGAAUGAGCAAAGCCACGGGCAUGUGUCCACAUGACAUCGCCACCACACUCCAGCAGCUCAGCAUGAUUGAUGUGCAGGAUGGCAGAUUUGUUGUUAUCCGAAAGCAUCAGAUGAUCCAGAGGCACAUGGCACAGCUGAGGGAGAAACCACGUCUUUAUGAGGUCGACCCCGAGUGUCUCAUCUGGAACCCUGUUGGGUCAGUCUACAGAAACCCACUGGAGGGGCAGCAAGGACCAGAGGCAGAGAUGGAGGACCCUGGAGAAUGCAGUGCAUCAACCACUGACAUGAGAACAGGGAUGACCUUCAGCAGUCGAAUGCCUCCUCUCACCAAGUGUAAGAACUACAGCAGGAGUCACCCUGAGUCACUGUUCCCUGGCACCAUUGAGAGAGACUUGGAAGUGAGUGAGGAGAGCAGCAGUGAUGAUGCUUCAGUCCAGUCGCAGUCUUUACCAGGGCUCAAGCGAAAGAGAGGAGGCACUCUGCAGAAGAAAAGAGGCCGGAGGAGAGUGCGCAUUAAUAGCAGCGUCACCACAGAAACUAUCUCUGAGAGGACUGAGGUGCUGGAUGAGCCGUUUGACAACUCUGACGUGGAGAGCCCUGCGCCCCAGCUAGAGCUCUCCAUCAGACGGGAUGACAGUGAGGAAGAAGAGGAAGAGGAGAGGAGGAGAAGAGCAGCUGUGCGCAGGCCAGGCAGGCCAAGGAAGAGGGAGAGACAAGAUGAUGACAAUCAUUUAAAUCAACAUGAAGGAGAGAACGUAGAAGGUAUUACGGAUGCAGUGAAAAAGGACAAUCCUCGACCUGUGAAGCGAAAGAAAGGGUGGCCCAAAGGGGUAAAGCGUGGGCCCCCCAAGUGGAGGCUUAAGAAAGAGAGAAAGAUGGGCUUUAAGCUGAACCUCUACACGCCUCCGGAGACGCCAAUGGUCAGUGUGGAGCAGGAGCCAGAGGAGGAGCACAUGGGCAGCCCUGCAUCUGCUCCUGAAGACGGUGAGCCCUGCAAGGAGCCUGAGACUGUGGCGGCAGAGCUGCACACUUCGGUCUCAGAGACGCCCAGCCCUGAAGUGCAGGAAGCAGAACAUGACGAUGGUGAAACUCUCAAUAAGCCUGACUCUGUGGAUGCUUCUCCCUGUGGUGCUGAGAGUCAGGAGGCUGCACCAGGGCCUGUGGAUUAUGGUGAGCAGUCCACUGGGUAUACUGAGGAGGGGAGGGAGCAAGAGCCAGAGGAGGCGCACGAUUGCAGGGUCCCCCGUGGCCCGCAGGAGCGUGACGAGGAGGAAGAGGAGGAUGAAGAGCCAGAACCCACUCAUGUGGAAGAUCAUGAUGCAGAUGAUGAGGAUGAUGGUCAUGUGGAUUCCAGUGAGCUGAGGAAGGAAGACCCUAUACCAGUACCUGAGAGAGAGCCUUUGGAUAACCCUGAUCCUGCUCCGAGCCUGUGUGCCGAGGAAAACCUUCCUCUGCAGUGUUCGGGAGAGCUGGUCCCCGAUAGCAGCCUCAUCAACAUGGCUGUGCAGGACAGUACUGUGGACUCAGAGCAUCAUCCAGACUCUGAGUCAGAAGAGGAGGAGGAGGAGGACGAGAGCAUUCAGAAUGUCCACCAGAAAGAUCCUGGUCCUCUGACCCCGGCAAUAAAGGAGGACCACAGUAUUUGUCCAGAGAUAGACAUGGAAACCGCUCAGGCUGUCCAGUCCCUUACACAGGAGGCUGAGCAAGAGAGGCACUUCCAGGACUGUGUGGAGACCCAGGAGGCCUGCCAGAGCCUGCAGAGAUAUGUACACGUGGACCAGAGCCCUCAAAUGACUCCUGUUGACGACUGCCAGCAGUCGGAUCACAGCAGCCCACUGUCCUCCGUACACUCUCACCCCAGCCAAUCCGUGCGAUCAGUUAGCAGCCCAGCUGUGUCCAUUCUAGAAAGCAGCUACACGCAGAUCAGCCCAGAACAGAGCGCCAUCUCUGUGCACUCCCUCCAUAACAUGGAGACCAGUCCGAUGAUGGACGUGCCUUCUGUGUCAGACCACUCCCAGCAGGUGGUGGACAGUGGCUUCAGUGACCUGGGCAGCAUCGAGAGCACCACCGAGAACUACGAGAAUCCCAGCAGCUAUGACUCCACACUGGGCGGCAGCAUUUGUGGCACCGGUGCUAGCGCUGGCGCCUCCUCCCAGAGCAGCUGUUCCUAUGGCAACCUCUCCUCUGGUGGCAGCCAUGGACAGAGCAGCUGUGCCGUGUCCCAGCAGAUGGCCGGCCCCGUAGUGAACAAUAGUGGCGCCUGCAGUAUGCUCCAGCAGAACAGCAUGAGCUCUCCACAGGGCUGCGGUGUCAAAUCCCCUCAAGGCUGUGUACCAGAGAGACAGCCCAGUCACGGGCACACCCACGGACAUGGGCACACGCACGGACACGCACACGGCCACAGUCAUGGGCACCACCACAGCCACCACCAUCACCACCCACACCCGCACCAUCAGCAUCAGCAUCAGCACCACCAGCAGCCUCUGUCGCACUGCUCUAUGUCUGCCAGCUUUCCUCCACCCAUGCAGCUUCCCGACAUCCCCGAGUCCAACAAUCCCUCCACCAACCUAGGGCUAUAUGAGAGGAUGGGCCAGGGCGAGUAUGUGGGCGGGCAUUACGCACAGCCCUCAGCUACGUUCAGCCUGGCUAAGCUCCAGCAGCUUACCAACACUCUCAUAGACCACCCACUGCCCUUCAGCCACUCUGCAUCGCACCCCAUCACGUCUUACGCCAACAACAACGGCUCUGUGUCCUCGCAGCUCGGCCCUCACAACCCCACGCUCGUGUCCCUGUCUCAGCCUCCACAUACAGUCACAGGCGGGGGUCCCCAGACACAAGCCACGAUGACUCCACCUCCUAACAUGACUCCACCCCCCAUGAUGCUGCAGCGCAACAUGGCCACACCCAACAUGAACUUGCCACCUUCCCAGAGACUACAGACACAAAUGGCCCCUAAGAACCAUCACCAUCACCCCGUAUCGAUACGCUCAAAAUCGGCCCCGCUUCCUCACCACCAACAGCAGAUGUAUGGCAGAGGUCCACAGACUGUAACCAUGCAGGCGCCUAGCAGGACGCUCGCCAUGCCACCUCGCGUGAACAUGGGUGUGAACCUCAUGCCUGCUCCGGCUUAUAACGUCAACUCCAUGAACGUGAAUGUGAAUAUGGCGCCACUAAACGCAAUGAAUACAUACAGGGUGACGCAGCCCAUGAUGAAUGGGGGCUAUCAUGGCAACCCCACCUAUAUGAAUCAAUCUCCACAGUACUCUAUGCAGAUGGGCAUGAUGGGUACCCAGCCUUACCCACAGCAGCCCAUGCAGGCUACUCCACACGGCAAUAUGAUGUACAGUCCAGCAGGCCACCAUGGUUAUGUGAACACUGGCAUGUCUAAACAACCCUUAAAUGGGCCUUAUAUGAGACGAUAAUCGCUCAUGACCUUUGUAUUCUAAAGAGUCAUGAAAUGAAAGUCACCUUGAUGACUUGUUCUUGUGUUGAUUUUUGUUCUUAAUGUUCCCUUUUAUGGAUUUUUAUGAAAAAACCAGCACUUGGUAAGAAUGCAAAAAAAGUUGUGUUUAAUGGCUAAUCUUUAGCUUUUUCCCUAUUUAUGGGAAGCCUUACAUCAAAAUUUAAUGUAACAUUUAAAUGUACAUCCUGUCGAACUGUAUUGCAGUUUAAUUGGGAUUACAUUGGGGUUUUUUUUGUUUUGUUUUUUUUAAUGGUUUUUGUUUUGUUUUGGGACUUGCAUUAUGGAACCUUUAAAUGUGCCUGCAUUGUAUGCCUUUUCAAUGUAACUGUUUAGCAAUCGCAAGGUUAUGUUUUUAAGUCUGUACUCAUGCCUUCAUAUUUAAAUUAUUGUAAAUCUGCUUUUAUAUUUUUUUAAGUGUAAGGUGAAACUUAGCAUGCUAUAACGUCUUUGUUAGUGACAGUGCAUCAAAGUAGUACUGUACAGUGUUGUGCUUAAAAGCAAGCAAUUUUAUAUUAAAUGUAUGGCCUUGGUUAGGUUUCCCUCUUAUGGAAGGAAAAAUUAAACUAUAUUUUUGUUGAUUCUAAUACUGUAAAGAUUUUAAACAUCGUCAUGUUUUUGGGUGUUCAGCUUCGAAGGUUCUAUUGCUAAUUGUGUAUAAUUUGUUACUUUUUAACAAGUUUCUUUACCUGAGGCAGCUUUCUGUUUUUAUACAAACUAAAGCAAUUUCAGUCAAAAUAGCGAAGUAAAUGUCAGUAUUUGUACAUGUAGAAUUCUAAAUAAAGCAGAGGGGAUACAGAACCAUUUCAUAAGGCAGAGUUCAGAAAUUGUCCAUUUACUCCAAAGUUGGUCUUUUAUGAAAUGCCUUUAAACGUACAUUUUCAUUCCAUCUGUAGAUUUUUUUAUCUUUAUAAAACAUCUGAUUUAUAUUUUACUGAAAUGUAGAACAGUAGCCUUGUUAAUAGACAAAACAGAUGGCAUGUAUAAAGGUAAAUUGUAUCGGUGUCUGUUUGUAUAGCUUAUUUUGUAGCCUUUGUACCUGUACAGAAUGGCAGUUUGACGUAAGAGGGAUAUCCUGACUGUACUAAUUAAUGGAGCAACAGUCCUGUAUUUAUGAGUUACCUUUUUAGUCGGUCACUUAAAUGCUGUACAUUUUAGCAUAAAAUAAAUUAUGAUGAGCCACUGACACUUAAA